AUGAUGAAAAUUCGAGAAAACAAUCGUAUUCGUACUAUUGCGUUGGUUGGAUUGUUUUCAAUAAUGGAUCAAAAUCUAUCAAAAUUGAAACGAGUUAGCAGUGUGUGGGUGAAGGAAUAUCGGAGGCGUUUUGGUCAUUUGCCAUUAAUAUCGGAACUACGAGAAAAUUACCCAGACGAAUUUAAAAAUUAUUUACGGAUGGAUAGUGCAUGUUUUGAUAUGUUAUUAGCAUUAGUUGGUCCAAAAAUUUGUAAAACCGAUACAAUAAUGAGGAAAUGUAUUAGUGUAGAAGAACGUCUCACAGCAACACUUAGGUUUCUGGCAACUGGAAGAUCUUUUGAGGACCUAAAAUUCAGUUCAGGAAUUUCUGCUCCAUCAUUAAGUGUACUAAUUCCUGAAACAUGCAAAGCCAUUUUUGAAGUGUUGAAAGAAGAAUAUAUGAAGUUUCCUACAACAAAAGAUGAAUGGCUUCAAGUAGCUAAAGAUUUUCAAGAUAGAUGGCAAUUUGUUAAUUGUGGAGGAUCGAUGGAUGGAAAACACAUACGUAUUGUUCCACCUCCAAAAUCUGGAUCAACAUACUAUAAUUACAAAAAUUUUAAUAGCAUUGUUUUAAUGGCUUUAGUCAACUCUAAUUAUGAAUUUAUAUAUGUUGAUGUUGGAAAAAAUGGCAGAUUAUCUGAUGGGGGUGUUUUUGAAUAUACAGAAUUUGGCAGAAAAUUAUUGGCUAAGAAAUUAAACUUGCCAGAUACUAACGCAACUGUGAAUAAUAUGAACUAUGUGUUUAUUGGUGACGAGGCAUUUUCUUUGGAAGAACAUUUUUUAAAACCGUAUGCCCAGAAAGAUUUGAAUUCUGAAAAAAGGAUUUUCAAUUACAGAUUGUCCAGAGCUCGUAAUGUAGUUGAAAAUGCAUUUGGGAUUAUUUCUUCAAGGUUUCGUAUUUUGCACACACCUAUCAACAUGAAGCCAAAAAAUAUAUCUUAUGUUAUAUUAGCGAUAUGUGUUUUACAUAACUUUUUAAGAAGAAGAUGCAAUGCAUACAUUUCACCAACCACAGUUGAUAGCGAGGAUACAGAUGGUUGUGAAAAACACCAAGGGGAUUGGAGGAACAAUGCAGUGGAAUUAGUGGGUUUACAGCCAGUUAAUUCAAGAACUGUUACUAUAAGAGCAAAAAUAAACAGAGAUAAUUAUAAAGAAUUCUUUAAUACUGAAGGAAGAGUUGAAUGGCAAGAUGCUAUGAUUAGAGCUGGAAGAGCUUAG